AUGACUGAAAGGAAGGCCUUUCCUCGACUCACGCCAACGAUCUUGGCGCCACCUCAAAUACCCACCGCUGGAAAUAUCUUGGUAGGAUUUUUUGUUCUGGAUCCUAUUUAUAUCUACAAGACCAAGAUGUUACCACCCAGCUCCUCUCUUGUUCCUUCUAGCAACGGUCCAACCCUUCGUCCUAGGACUCCUACUCAGCCCAGACCCGAUUUCAUCAUUCAAUCUCCCGAUCUAUGUGUAGCUUCUAUUUGUCCAUCCCCUAUUCGCGAAACUGUUGACUCUGACAACGAAGCUAGUGUGUGGGAGGUUACCAGCGGUGAAUCCAAUACCACCGAUGGCAUCGGUGGUGACAAAGUUGAGGUUGUUGAAGAAUCGGACAACAAUAACUUAACCGUUCCUACCACGAACAAGAAGAAGGGUCGUAAGUGCAAAGGCAAGGCUCCUGUUGCCAAAACCCAAGGUCGUCCGCGUGGAUCUGGUGCUUCAGGAGGCUUAACCCGACGUCCACCCAAGAAAUCGAGGAAAGGACGUGUUGAGGUAAGUUCAAUAGUCCUUUGUUCAUAUUUCAAAAACUCGCACUAA